AUGAAUAAAGCUAUGGAUUUAAUAGACGAUGCAUAUUUUUGCAAUCUUAUAAAAACUGAGCUACGGAACUUAACAGACGAAUACCAAAAGAAAAUAAAAAAAAUUUUUUUUUUUGAAUAUUUAUAUAAAACGGAAGGUUUUCUUAUAUCUCUUUUUUUAAUACCAUUGUUAAUAGGACUCAUAUUUUUAAAAGAUGGUGAUAUUAUAAGCACUCACUAUUUGAGUGCCUUGAUUUUAUUCCUAUCAUCGUUGUUAUUGUUAUUUACAUUUCUUUAUUACGAAAUUGAAAAAUCUCAAAACAAUGAAUUUUUAAAUAAAAUAAAUCAAGCCAAAAAAUUUUUGUCAUCAAAAAGUUUUGCAAAGGGAAAAAAGGAAGACUAUCCUUUUAAUUAUUUAUCCAAUGUUGAUUUUAUUUUUAUUUGGAGAAAUCAGCGAUGGGAACUGUUACCUCCAAAUCUGCUUAUAAAGCAGGAUAUUUUUUUGUUGCGCGCAGGGGAUUUAAUUCCUUGUAAUUGCAUAGAGUAUAAUAUCACUGAUAAAGUUUAUGGGAAGGAAUAUCAAAAACACGAGGUGUUUCUGCCCAUGGACAAAAAUAAAAUUAACAUGAACUUAUUAACAAAAUAUUCCAGAGAUGAGAAGAGAGUAUAUAUGCCAUCAUUUCACUUAUACUCUUUUGUGUCUUUUGACAAUGUGUCCAUUUCAAUGAUAAGAAAAUAUAUCCAUGAUAAUAUAGAUAAUAAUCGUAGUGCAAAAAAUAAGGAAAAUUUAAGAAACGUUAUACUUACAGAUCGUAUACACAAAUUUUAUGUGUACACGUGGAUGUUCCUUUUUUGUAUAUCUACCAUUCUGGCAAUAAUAUACUACCUGGAUAUAAAAAAAAUCAUAGAAGUUCCUGACUUUGUCAUAAUUUAUUUUUUAAUUUAUAUUGUUUUAAUGUCCAUUACAAUCCUUCCCUUUUUUCACAGAAUUUUUUCUGAAUUAAUUUAUGGCUAUUGCUCUUCCCUAAAUAUGGUAUAUGAGAAUUAUUUUAACGACAUAUCAAAUUAUGAAAAAAGUAAUUUAUCUUCCUCAUUUGACUUUUCAUCUACAACUGAUGAUAGUUCGUCUUAUGUGGACAAAAAGAAGAUAGGACUGUUUUAUACCUUGAGGAAUAUAUUAUCCUUGAUUAUCCGGGGUGUAAAAAUUGACAAGUGCUAUUUAAAUAUUUUAAGUGAUUGCUCAGUCCUAUGUUUUUUGGACAAUAGCGGAAUUCUUGUAAAUACUAAUCAUAGCAUUAAAGAAAUAUGUAUUUAUAACAGUUUAAAUAAUAAGAAAGAUGUUUCUAUAAAUAAUGGGGUAAAAAAAUUUCCAAAGAAUUAUAAUUAUCUAUUAACAGUUAUUGAUAUAUUUAUGGAUAAUAAAAGUAUGUAUGCUUAUCAACGUAUAAAAAAUAUUAAGCUAUUGCAUUCUUUAUUCUUGUUAUCGUAUUAUACGCAAAUACCCAAAUAUCUUAGGGUACUAGACGAAUUUAAGAAUAACAUUUUGAAUUAUAUGAACCAAUGUGAUUAUAGUUACUUAUACAUUUGUAUGUGUGAUAUUGGAAAUAUUUCAUUUCCUUACAACAAAUUUGUCUUUCACAUGCUUUUUUUUUGUAUUGAAAACAAAAGCGAUUACGAAUUGUAUAAGAGAAAAAACUCAGAGAUAAGAAAGCAUAAAAAGAUAGAUAUUUCAGAAAAUGAAAUACCUUACGACGUAAAUGAUAAUUCAUUGGGAAUAAAUAUUUAUGAUAAUUUAAUAUCUAGAGAUAAUUUUGUUUUCAUAUUUAUUUUCCAUGAAAAGAAAAAGGAGAAAUAUCACAUGUUUCUCAAGGGACAACUUGAAGCUUUGGUUAAUAAAUGCAUGUUUUACUACGAUGGGAAGGCAAUAAAAAAAUUAAAAAGAAGAAAGAAAAAAGUUUUGAGAAUUUUAAAUAUGCAAUGGAUUUCAUCAGGCAUUGAAAGCAUCUGCUUUGCCUACAGGCCACUGAGUUCAGACGAAGUAACUUAUUUAAAAGAAAAUUUUAGCAAAAAUAUUUAUAUCAUAACGAUUAAUAAAAAGAAGGUGUAUAAUAUCAAAAACUUUUAUAAUGAAAAACCAUUUCCAAUAAAAGAAAACGAAAAGUUUUUAUCUCAUUUGUUAUCUACAACUAUAUUUAUUGGAAACUCUGCGGUCAAACUUUUGACGAACAACGAAAUUCAAACCAGGAUAAAUGAUUUUUACGAUGCCGGAAUAAGGUUUGUACAUUUUAGUAAGACUGACCAAAUAAAUACUAGGAAUGUAGCCAACUUGCUUGGUAUGGAAACAAAUUGGAAUACAUCCAUCUCAUUGAGCCUUAAUGAUAAGCCCAGCUUCAAAAACAGAGACGGCAAAGUUGUCAUUCCGAGUGGAAUAAAUAAUAUAAAGACACACAUAAAAGAGGUUGAUGAUAUUCCGUUGCGUGUUUCGUCUUAUUCAGGGUGCAAUCAGUUUAACACAGCUGAGAUGAUAAAGAUUUUGUUGGAAAACAAUGAAAUAAUAACAUGUGUAGGAAAUAGUUUGAACUGUAGUAACUUUGAACUUUACAAUUUGUGUAAUUAUUCAAUAUCUGUAUUAUUACCUUUUAAUAAUAUUUGCAAAGAUUGUUAUGGCAAAAAAGAAAAGACAAACCCUUUUGAAAAUAAUUCAUCAAAAAACAACCCCUUGAUGUUAUACUCAUCUUUUAUAAAUAGUUUCCCAUGCAACUUAAUUCUUGAGAAAAACUGUUUGGAUUUAUCUCAAAAUGUGAUGGAAUUGGUUUAUAAGUUAUUAAAGAGUUCAAGAAUUCACAAAAAAAAUGUGUCUUUAAUGAUAUUUUUUUUUUACUUUUACUAUUCAUAUUUAUCUUUUUUAGUAUUUAUAAUAUCAAUCUUUUUCCUACCUCCAUUCAUAUCGGUAAUUGAUUAUCUUUUAUUUAUUUUGUUAAUCAUACCCAUGCUAUCGAUAUGUUUGUUGCGAAAUAAUAAUAACUCAACCAUUAUGAACGACAUACCAGACAAAGUUAUAUCAAAACAGUUCUUAACAAAAAAGAUGAUUUUUUUUUUGAUAAAAUGGAUACCUAUGCUCGUUUUCUCCAUCAUCCUAUCGUGCUAUUACUUACAACUGAUAAACAAAAAUUUUGUCAGAAAUUAUAUAAUUUCGGGAUCCUUUAAUACUUAUAAUAUGAGUCAUGAUUUGAAAAGAACUUUCUUGAAGGACAUAAAUUACUACUGCAAUGAUAAUAUAUAUUUACUUGGAUCCUUUUACAAGUGCCAAUUAUUAAUUUAUAGUUUCUUUAAAAAUGAAAAUAUGGACAACGUGAAUAUGGUUGAUACAAUGAUUAAACAAUCUCAAAUUUUUUUCUUCUUUUAUUUUUCACUUUUUUUUUUCGUUUCCUCUCUAUCAAACAGCGAUAAAUUUGAACCACUUUACAAAUUAAGUUGCGUUCAAAAUUCCAAGACGUAUUUUUCGUGUUUGUUUUUAUUUCUUGUUUUAAGUUUUCUUUACGUGCUGUUUAGAAUAUAUAUGCUUCCUUUGGAGUUUUUGAAGCAGUAUCCUGAUACCGUUUUAAUAACCCUAAUGGUUAUAUUCAAUGUAGUCAUAUUAAUAAUAAAUGAAAUAUUGAAAAAGGUCGAACAGCGAAUAAAAAUCAAUCGACAGAAAUAUCUGAAAGUUUUAUUUGGUACUCGUUUGGGAAUGUGGAGUCCAAAAUGA